CGUCUUGAAUUCUGGGAUAUAAUUGAGUCAUUGCUGCUCUCCUUCAUGUUAUCAAAUAUGACGUUUGGAUCGCCCACACAAUCGCGUUAUUCAUCAGUCAAAGAGCCUCAUCCCUCUCCAACUUCUGCCAUAUUUGCAGGCAUAGACGAUGAGCUCCGCGAUGCCUGGCGUGUUCACUCUCAUGGCCAGGAAGAAGAUCUCAGAUAUGCCCUUGAUCGUGUAAUCAAGAGAGUGGAAGAGCUAUCGUCCUUGCUCAAGAUCGCGUACAAGACUCAGGCAGAACUCGAGACAUCACUGAGCGUCGCAAAAUCUAAUUUACAAUUGAUGAUGUCCAACAAUGAGAUGCUUGAGGAAGCUCUCAAACGUGAAACCCCCUGCAGUGCGAAAGAUGUAGGGUGGCGGCGUUGGAGUGCGCGGGAAGCGCAGAACAUGCAACGUGUUUCAGAGGAAGAACAUCGAAGGAGCCUCGAUUAUGGCCCUUUGAAUGAGUCGGGCACACCAUCCCACCCCGCGGGUGCUCCAUCAAUUGUUGUCAAUGAUAAAGAGCCAUCUCCAACUACCCCUUCUCCGGCAACGUCAUCUACAACUUCCCAGAAUAACCAGGAGGGUCGUUUCUUCAGAUUCAGAUUCAACAGUGGAUCAAAGCCCGCUAUUCAUCCUAAUCAACCACUCGCUUCUCAUUUAACAUCGCCUUCCUUGCCAACUCUUGUAGCAAGUACGAGAGAGAAAGAACUUCUGGAGCUUCAAGAGCAGCUUGAACGGGAACGCCUUGCACAUACAUUAGCAGCUGCAGAGAAGGUCGCUAUCGAAGCUGAGCUCGAGUCCUUAUCACAAGCACUCUUCGAAGAGGCAAACAAGAUGGUCGCGGCUGAGCGCAUUAAGCGCGUUGAGACAGAGGAAGAACUACAAGAAGUUCGGUUAGAAAAAGAUGCACUACAGGAAGCGCUGCGGUUGAUUGAAGGCGAAAAUGGUCGACUCCGGGGUGCGCAGCUCUCUGCAGGAGGGGUAUCGGAUAAAACUCCACAACUGUCAUCAUCACAUUCUCGAAGUUCUUCGCGAGAUGCAAUCAAGUCUCUGCCGACAUCUCCUUCACCCUCAUCUCCGACUGUUGACGAUAUUACCGUGUCCUUGGCAAGUGCUGCCUCGUUUACGUCAGACAAUCCGGAGCAUCAUACGGAUUUUACCCUUGAGCAAGCACCGAAACCUCCAUUUGCAGCGUCACACCGGAAAACGCAACCAAUCGAGAAAGCGACCUCCAACCUUCCAGACGUUUCUCCUCCCCUUGGUUUGGGUUUCGGUAGCCCUACGUCGGUGUCCUUUAUUCCUGAUGAACCAUCCCCUUGGGGCUGAUGUCAGUACCACCGUGAAUUUAAUUUUUGGCCAUAGGAAUUUCAUUUAGGUAUUCGUCUCAUCACAGCAAUCCAAAAAGAAGGAUGACGAAUUGCUGAAGCGCCAUGUGAGGGAAGGGUAUCAAAUGAUAGUACAGUCUGAACAGCUGGAAUGCAUAAAUCAAACAAUUACGGAUCAUAACGCAGCUUGAAAAUGGGA